AUCGCCAGACUUUUCGUUCGUGCAUUCAGUUAUCGUGAAAUGAAUAUUUAAAAUAAUUAGUUGCAGUUUCGAAAACAACAUGAGCGAUAGUUGUAGUUUGGGCUUGUGUUACAUCGUGUCAACGUGAUUUAGAUUACUUCAAUAUGAGAGUGAAUAUAAUGAGGACUAUUGGGGACUACCGGCUAGAACCAGAUUUGAAGAAUGCAGGAAAAAGUUGGCCACAAGUUUUGGCUAUUCUCAUAGCAUGUUUGUCAUCUCUUAAUAACAGAAUGCUGUUCUCUUGGCCAUCUCCCUUCACUCCGAAGAUUGUAGACACAGAUAUUGAUGAAACGAUGGCCUCGUUUUUCACCACUUUACCACCUGUAGCAAUGAUUGUCACUUGUUUGGCUUCAUCAUCCCUAAACGACUGUAUUAGAAGAAAACGAACAUUGCUUCUGGUCAUCAUAACUCAAGCAUUUUCUUGGACACUACCAGCGGUGUCCAGAAACGUGUAUGCCAUAUACGCUGCGAGAAUUCUAUCAGGUGUGGGAGAUGGGAUAAUAUUCAGUAGUGUCCCCAUGUACAUAGGAGAAGUUGCCCCUCCAAAAGUCAGGGAUACCUGGGGAAAUGCUUUACCUCUCACUUACUACACAGGAGAAUUUUUCAUCACCGUCAUCGGUAGCUACUUCAGCAUACAAAGUGUCUCAUUGAUCUGUAUUAUAGUACCAAUUCUACUAUUGUCUACUUGUUUUCUGCUGCCAGAAACAUCCUUACUACAAACUCAUGAAAGGAGAUGAAACAAGUGCUCGCAAAAUUCUGCUGACGCUCACCAGGAAGCUGAACGUCGAGGACGAUUUCAUGCAGCUCAGAGCUGAUGUCGAAAGACAGAUGUCAGAACAAGGGACUUGGAAACAUUUGUUCAUGAUCCCGAGCAACAGAAGAGCUCUAGUAGCUGGGUUCGUUCUGAGAUAUUCGCAACAGAUGAGCGGGCUCUCAGUGUCUCUAACUUUUAUUUUAAUUCUCAAUGCUUUUUCUGUUGUUGAUAGACAAUCCUCAAUGUUGUAUUUGUCGACAAUAUAAUCAAACAAUCGUUUAUUGCACUUAGGUAUCGAUGACUUGAACAAACUUUCGCUCCUCAGUAUCAAGAACAGUUCUUUUCUGGUUAUUUUCGGCAAUGCCACAGCGCCAUCGACUGUCUGACUACCUGUGAAAAAUGACGAAUUAUGUGAAAAUGUGGCAAAAAAGGGUGCUAAAAACUAUUGCGAACUAAAGUUCAGACACGUGGGUUAUGGUUGUUCACUUUUUCUAACCGGAACAAUGUGGAACUUUUUUUUGAAAAUCUAGUCAAACUAAGGCAAACAACAAAAAAAUGUGCAUUCAACGGAUAUGUUCGAAUAUUUCACUAGGAUAUUUCUAUAACUACAUAAUUAUAUUGAAAUUACAAUGUACUUACCACAAGGUAAAAUAUCCAUAUUGCACUAUAACUUCACAAAAACACUACGGUUGGGACAGAACUGAUGAGCCGAGUAUAAGGGUGAUGAAAAAACUCAAAGUUUGGCUACCUGCCCCAUGGAUUAGGGCAUUUCUAGAAAAAAACCUAAUUUUGUAUUGGAUAUAAGGGAUAUUUGAGACCGGUUUGGCAUUAAAAUUUUAUUCAAAAUAAAACUUUGUUUUUUUGACUUUUGUCGUCGUAAAUACGCUGUUUUGC